UUGAUGUAGAGGUUGGGAUUAAGCAGAGUCACACAAAAGGAAACUGAAUCACAACUUGCCAUAGCCUGGGAGUAAACGGUCCCCGACGCUCUCAUCCCGUGCAUGGUUCGCCAUGGACCUGAAGAUUGUGCUUGUGAUUUUGGCCUUUCUGGUUGUGUCAGACUGCCAGGAGGAGAUAGAGGAGGAGAGUCCCGAGCUGCACCCACUGGAUGGCUACUUCAACAACCUGUUACACCCUGAUUGGGGGGCAGUUGACACGGUUUUAUUGCGGAAGAGCCCCCCAGCCUAUGCUGAUGGAGUGUACACGAUGGCGGGUCAGAACCGACCAAACCCCUUUGACAUCAGUGAGAGGGCCCACAGAUCCAACGUAGCUGCAUCACUGGGCUCAGCCAGGGGGAGAACAGCCAUGCAGGUGUACUUUGGACAACAAGUUGUGGAAGAGAUCAUGGACUCCCAGCGCCCAGGGUGUCCCAGAGAAUACGAGAACAUUCCGGUCCCUAAAAACAACACCCUCUACAGGAACAGCGAGGCAUUCAACUCGGCCACGGACACGGUUUUCAUGCCUUUUCCAAGGUCAAGAUUUGACCAAAGAACUGGGCAGUCUCCUAGCAAUCCACGACAACAGCUGAAUGAGAUUACCCCAUAUCUUGAUGGGCAACUAAUGUAUGGACCAGCCAGGACUUGGACUGAUGCCAUCAGGGAAUUUCGGGGAGGGAAACUUCUUGUCCUUGAUCCCUCUAAAGGUGUACGGGACAGUCUUCCAGCCAUCAAUGAUAUCCGUCUGCCCUUUGCCAACCCUCCCAAUCCCCGUGAGAAUACCAGAGAGAGAAGACUCCUUCCAGUGGCCAGAUUUUGGAGAUUUGGAAACCCCCGAGCUAUGGAGAACCCCUUUCUCCUGUCCUUUGGAGUAUUGUGGUUCCGAUGGCAUAAUUACUGGGCAGAGGAAUACAUUAAGAUGAAAAACAUUCAAGAGAGCGAUCUGGAAAAAUAUGAUGAGCAAAUAUUCAACUAUGCUAGAAAAUGGGUGGUAGCUAGUCACCAGAAAAUAGUGAUGUAUGAUUGGUUGCCUCGGUGGAUUCUAACUGCAGAAAAUUUUACAUCUGUAUCUGAUGACAGCAGAUUUUACCCAAUCAGAGACCCCAAAACAAACGACCCUAGAAGGCCAACCUGUGGCGAAUAUGUUUACAAUCCAAACAUUCAUCCUGGUAUAACAGCAGAGUUUCAGACAGCUGCCAUGAGAUAUGGACACACCCUAGUCACUCCUGGCCUAUGGAGAAGAGGCCGGAAAGGUGCUGGUGGCCUUCAAGAUAAUUGUAAUUGGUUCCCAACCAAUCUAAGGCUACCUAAUCCCCCUGUGCAGCAGACACAUGGAUUGAGACUUUGCAAUGCUUACUGGAACUCACAGGAGGCAGUGGAGGAUGAUUUAGAUGCCUUAUACAGAGGCUUAGCCUCAACCCUGGGGGAGAAAGAGGACCACAUCAUGGUGGAAGAUUUAGCAGGUCAAGUGUUUGGUCCCUUGGAAUUUUCCAGACGAGAUUUGGCUGCAUUGAACAUCCAGCGGGCAAGAGAUCACGGACUGACAGAUUAUCAGACCAUCAGGGAAACAUUUGGCCUACCUCGCCUUAACAGCUGGAAGGAAAUUAAUACACAGAAUAAUGACACUAUGAGGGCAAUUGAAGCUCUGCGACUUCUGUACCAAGGUUCUGGACUCAACGGGACAUCACCAGAAGAUGUGGAUUUGUUUGCUGGGGGACUGAUGGAGACAACGGAAGAUGGUCCAGGAGACUUGUUCCGAAUCAUCAUGGUGGAACAGUUCUGCAGAAUCCGAGAUGGCGAUCGGUUUUGGUAUGAAAACAUCAAUAACAAGAUCUUCAACCAGACAGAGAUAGAUUUCAUCAACAAUGAGAUUACAUUGGGAUACAUUUUGUCGAAAGUCACCAACCUAAGAGUGGAAGGACAGCGAGAUUCCAACGGAAAUCUGGUUGACAUCAACAAUGCAGAUAUUCAGGCAGACCCUUUUGUACACAGAGGAACUGAUGACCCCUGUGAGCAACCUGCUCAGUUGGACCCAGGUGUUCCUCCACAAGUUAUUCGUACCAGCAAUGCUACAGGUGCUCUGCCGCUCAUUGAGAACUGCACCGCCUGGCAGACUUUUGACUACUUUUUUGGGAUGGACAGCCACAUUUCUUUUCCAUUUACCUUUAUUUGGAUUGGCUUGGUAGUGCCAGCCACUAUUGGAGUGAUGCUUCUGAUGGCCAGACAAAGACGGAAGAAAAUGAUGGAGGCCAGGAAAAAGAGGGCCCGUACUGACAAAUCGACCGAUCCCAAUACCUUCAAUGUGGUUGAAUGGGUUGGGAAGAAAGAAGGAGAGAGAAAUGUAGUCAUCAAAUUUGACAGUCAGAGGAAAAAAUUGCAUGUGAAUGACAGACGAGGUAAACCCCUGCGUAUGAUUGACCUUCGACCUAAACAGUCCAGCCAAGGAAAGAGUAUACGCCUCUGGAAUGCUGAUGACCGACCUCUUUUAUCUGUCAGAGCUGAAGGAGAAAUUGAUUUGGUUUUGAAAUUUGCUGAUGUUGAAAGAAAAUCCCAGUUUUCAUCAAAGUUAAAGAAUUUUGCGGAAGGAAUUGGAGCCAGUUUUUCUACAAACAAUUUUGGCAAGGCUGAGCUUAUACUUAACAAUGCAUCCACCAAGGAAGAUAGACAGAAGUUGUUGGACAAAUUCUUUAGAGUUAUAUGCUUGCAGGCAUUCAAAGACAAGACUAGCAAAGAAUUGGAUCUAGAAAAUUUGGAUCAUGAUACUGCCAAAAAGAUUGCGGAAAUACAACUGACACGUACCGAGUUUGCAGAGGCUCUUGGACUAAAGCCAACUUCCAUCUUUGUUCGCAACAUGUUCUUGUUGGUAGAUUCAGACAGGAGUGGAUUCGUCAGUUUUCGAGAAUUCCUUGACUUCUUUGUUGUCCUUUCCUCACAGGAUGCUGAAAGCAAAAUUCAUCUGAUCUUUAGCAUGUAUGAUAUUCAACGAAGAGGAAGACUGUCCAAGAAAGACUUUGCUAACAUGAUCAAAUCCCUGUUGGACUUGUCAGAUUCAACCCUCGAUGACAAAAAGAUGGAGGAGCUGGUGACCUCCAUGUACAAGGCCGCCAAUAUCAGCUAUGGCUCAGACAUCACCUUUGAGGACUUCAAAAAGAUUUUUGCCUCUGAUGAAUACGCUGGAACUUUGCAAAAGGCCACCCUUAAUCUGGACGCUAUUGGAGAUAUUGGACAACCAGUAAAGACUGUAGCCAACACCACAACAAUCCGAUCAAAAAGGGCCACCAUCAUGAAGAACUACACUCAGAAAGGUGCAAAAAAGAAAGGUUUCCAGAGACAGCAGAGUGUCGUUCGUGUGACUACCCAUCAACAGGAAUAUCCCAAAACACCAUUCGCACAGAAGAUGUAUGAAAUCACCAGCUAUAUCUCAUCGAACAGACUGGAGAUCUUCUGGGGAACCCUCUUCACCCUGGUUCUAAUCGGAAUUUUCCUGGAAAGAGCUUUCUACUACUCCUUCGAGCGUGAACAUGCUGGACUGAGGCGAAUCGCCGGAUAUGGAGUAACAGUCACUCGAGGAGCUGCUAGUGCCAUGAUGUUCACCUACUGCGCGCUGUUGAUAACAAUGAGCCGCAAUAUGAUCACGUUCUUCAGAGAAACUUUCCUGCACCGCUUCUUUCCAUGGGACUCCAUGCAUGCAUUUCACAAGUUUAUUGCAUACCAGGCCUUACUAUCCACAUUUAUUCAUGUGAUUGGCCAUGGGAUCAAUCUCUAUCACAUCUCAACCCAAACUUCGGGAGAUGCUAACUGCUACUUCAUGGAAUAUUUCAGAGCAACACAUAUUCUAGCAUCAUUCCAUUACUGGACCUACACCACAAUCACUGGUGUUACUGGAAUACUCCUGACCCUAAUUGUGAUCGUCAUGUAUGUUUUUGCCACCCCGUACGCCCGCCGGAACGCCUUCAAUGCUUUCUGGAACACCCACAAUCUGUACAUCUUCCUGUACAUCUUUAUGAUCAUGCAUGGUCUGGGGCGGCUGGUGCAGGCCCCUAUCACACACACCUACCUGAUUGGACCACUCGUUAUCUACAUCAUUGACAAGCUGAUCAGUCUCAGCCGAAAGAAGAUUGAGUGUAGAGUGGUGAAGGCAGAGUUACUUCCCUCUGAUGUUACAGCUUUAGUUUUCCAGAGACCAACAACAUUUGACUAUAAAUCUGGACAGUGGGUUAGAAUUGCAUGUCUUGAGCUAGGGGAGAAUGAGUACCACCCCUUCACCAUCAGCUCUGCCCCCCACGAGGAAUACCUCAGCCUUCACAUCCGAGCAGUGGGGCCCUGGACCUACAAUCUCAGAAAUCUAUACGACCCAGACAACCUGGAGGGAAAAUUGGCUUAUCCAAGUGUCUACGUUGAUGGACCCUAUGGAGAGGGGCACCAGGAUUGGUACAGGUAUGAAGUGGCCAUAUUGGUGGGCGGAGGUAUUGGGGUCACUCCAUUUGCUUCCAUCUUAAAAGACAUCGUCCACAAAUCCAAGAUUGCCGACCUCAGAUUCCCAUGCAAGAAGGUGUACUUUUUGUGGGUGACGCGUACUCAGAAGCAGUUUGAGUGGAUGACGGAUAUCAUCCGCGAGGUGGAGAAUGUGGACAGCAAUCAGUUCAUGGAUACUCAUAUAUUUGUCACUCAAUUCAAGGAGAAAUUUGAUUUACGAACCACCAUGUUGUACAUUUGUGAGAGACAUUUCCAGAAAGUGGCAGGGAAAAGUUUAUUCACUGGUCUAAGUGCUGUUACCCAUUUUGGUCGACCCAACUUCCAGGAUUUCUUGAAAUCAGUCAGAAGUGAACAUCCUAAUGUGCGUACCUUUGGAGUUUUUAGCUGCGGCCCACCUAACAUGACCAACAACCUGGAUGGAGCUUGUACCAACCUCAACAAGCAGGAGGGCGCCACUUUCAAUCACCACUUCGAAAACUUCUAGACUGUUUGUUUAUAUUAAGUUAUAGAUGUUUAUAAAUAAUAUCUACAGCAACUCUCAUUAAUUUUUGUUUUAAUUCAGUGAAUAAAUGCCUGUAGUAGUUAACUGACUUUAAACUUUAUUUGCUUUUGAAUUGUAUACUAUAUAUAUUAGCUGUGUGAUAUACAUGGAAAGUUAUAAACAUUAUGGAUGAAAAUGUAAACCUUAAUAAAAUGAAUGCAGAAGAAAUUAUAAAUGUUGGAACAUGCAUGUAUAGAAUCAAAUUCUGAACACCUCUAUCAUUGUAUACUAUCAAAUGUAUUAUUUUUAUGAGGACUAUAGGAAAAAUAAUAUUAUGUUAAAAAAUGCAUUCUGCAGUGACUUCCUGCUGAUGCCUUAUCCGAAAUAUGUUUAAUGUACCAGAACAAUUUGAAGAAGCACACUAUAGGAUGUCUUCAAAAUAAACUAUCAUCCACAUGUAUUUGUACAUAUGUGUUAUAGAACAUUCCUUCCAAUAGAGGAAUUUAUUUUUGUACAUUUGUAUGGUCAUUUCAGUAAAAAUAUUGCACAUAAAAUCUCA